AUGGAUAUCGACAAAUUUCUUUACUUCGAUAAUGGGUUUCUUGUAAACGAGACAUGCAUCAUUGUUGCCGAAGUUUAUCUCACUGACAAUAAUGCUUCAUUUGAUAAUAAGUUAGUAAAUUUCAAGGGAUUAUGCAAAAUGGAGAAAGACUAUGUUCAACUACUAGAGAAAUCAUGUUCAAAGUACCCUUCUCUUAUUGAAAGCCAUAGAAAGAGAAAAAGGAGCCAAAGGUUCAAUCAACUUUCAUUCACAACAUUAGGGAAACUCUUGCAUUUUCUAAAGACUAAGAAAUUGAAGGACAUGAAGAGUGAUGAUGCUUGUAUGGAGUUACAAGAUUUAUGGGAAGAAGCUGAGAUUAGAUUUGAUGAUUUGAGUUGGUUGGAGCCACAUGUUAAAUCUGCUUUGACCUAUUUUGAGAAUGCAGCCAAGGUGAAAAAGCUUAAGGCUAAUGUGGUUGAUUUAGAAGAAAAAGCUAAGACCCUGAAAGCAGAGGUAAUUGCUAUAGAUGCUGAUCUUGAAACAACAAAGAAAGAAUUGGCAAAGGCUGAAGAAGGUUUUGUAGCAAGAGAUUUGGAUGAUCGAUUAGGAUAUGGAAUAAUACCCUAA